CUUACAAAGACUGCUUGAAGACUCAGACGUGGGCUAGGAAUGAGAAGCUAACAAACAACAGAAACAGAAACGGAGGAGCCAGCGAGGACUAAGGCAAUCUGGAGAGCUUAAAUACUGAGGAAGUAAUAGAAGGAGCUAAUUACAGGUGAGUGGAUGCAGCUGGAAAAGGAAACAGGUAAGUGCAAAUAAGGAAAUGGUUAACAGCUGGGAAGAGUCAUGGGUUGGUCUCAAUGGAGUUUCACGGCCAGAAAAUCAUACAUUAUAUAUUUCUUAUUUAAGUAUGACAAUAAAGUCAUAUUAUUAGUAGAAUAAAGAUGCAAUAUUGGCAGAAGGAAGUCAUAAAAUUACUGGAAAAGAGUCAUUUUAAUGAGAGCAGAAAUAUAUGUAAACCACAUAUGUAGCUAUUUCUGGUAAUAUUGUGACUUAUUAUUACUAUGUUAUUAAUAUUAUGGUCUAUUACAACUUUUUUGUGUAUCAUUACAGCUUUAUUCUCACAUUCUGAAUUUAUUCUUGCAUUUUUUCGACUUCAUUGUCGUAUGACCUUAUUCUCGUAAAUUAAAUUUUUUCCUAAGCCUGGCCCUACUUCUCCAUUACAGGGUGAAGUGAAAAAUAAACAAAGCGAAGAGAAUGAAAAAGGGUAUAAAAAAAAUCUGAAUCUAUAAUACAAACAGUAAACGGUCAUCUGAAGAAACAAAUCCAAAACAUAAACAAUGAGACUAAUACAUGAGAACAUGAGAUAAACCAAAAAUGGUGAACGUAAAAGGUUAUGGGAGGCCGGAUUUGGCCCGGACCUUCAGUUAAACAUGUUGUACAGUAAACAUGAACCCACAUUUCUGAAUUAGCCGCCCCUUUUUCUUUUAUUGACCUCAUGAAAUAUUCUUUCAGAAGCUGACUGUAAUAGUAAAAAUGGAUAUAGCCUGGCUUUGUUUUCUGUGUGCAUGCAACAAAAAAACAAAAAUGGAAGUAAACAAACUUUAUCACCUUUUUUCUACCGAACUAAUGGCCUACAUCACAGGCUUCAAGUCCUCCUGAGUGUCAUGUUCCGUGUUUUUCCUGUGUAUUUAUUUCACGUUUCUGAGUUUCCAUGUUGUCCUGUCUUUCCCUUGAUUGUCCCCAGGUGUUUCUCGUCCCCGUAAUUACCUCCUGUGUAUUUAGUGUCACCUGUGCGUCUUUGUCGGGUCCUCGUCUCAUGUGCGCUCAGUCCUUCGUGUGUCCAUUCGUAAUUCAGUUGCUACCGGCGUUGAGCCCUGGCUUCCGCUCAGUCGUGCUGCCUGUGUUUCUUGGACUAGUUUCGGACUGUUUGACUUUAUUUAUCAUUAAAACAACCAUCAAUCAUCCAACCUGGGUCUACAGCGUUUGCCUCAACACACCGUUUCAUGACACUGAGUAUAAAAUUAAGUUUUUAUUAAACUUUCCUCCACCAUUUAGCAUCCAGUUAGGUAUUUUGGCUUCCAAAUUUGCACAGGUGCCUCUCAGUAAAUUAGAAUCUCACUGAAAAGGUGUUUUAGUAAUUCAGUUUACAAAGUGAAAGUCACAUGUUACACAAAGUGUCAUUUAUUUCAAGCCUUUAUUUCUAUGUAAAUAUUACGUUUUAAAUUUUUUUAAAGGUGCAUAAAUACAAGUCUAAACGUGGAUUUUAACUCGCUCCAGUACAUGUUUACGCCAAUAACAAAAUGUCCAAAAAAGUCACUUAAAACUGUUUCGUGAUUAAAAUAUAGUUAUGAAAAUAUGAUGCACGCUUAAUUUUUUCACCUAAAGUUAAUUGGCGCCUUGAUAAGUAAAAAAUCUUGGGAUAUUUUUCUUACUUCAUUAAGUAAGUAGUUUAAUUCAGCGUGUUUCCUCUCAGGCGACAUUAAACGUGUCUGAUCUGAAUGAGCGCAGCAGAAAACUGCCCUGAAAACUUUUCAAACGUUGCACAAGCUCUUCUUAUCUCGGGGCUACGGCUUUUCCCCGCGGAUCUGCUGCGACAAGAUGGGAAUCUCGGUCCUGACACAGCGUCGUAAAUCAGCUCAGAUGGACCCCCGUGCCCAGUCACUCAGGGUCUGAAACUGAGGUCUGAAUUCACCCGAGUUCCCCCUGCAGCCCCGGACCGUCCGCAGCUCCUCGGCGCACACUGUGCUGCUGACUCUGCACUAGAAAAUCACCAGGGAAGUGUAAAGAAGGCGUUUUCACCCCCCUCUCUCUUCCCUCUUCCCCGUUUUUCAUCAAGGUAGGACAAGCAGCAACAGCCCAGCUCCUGCUUGUCUGUGAUUCCUGCUCGAUUUCUUCACUUUGCGGGUUCGAACCGACGCAAGGCGCAGCGCUCCGCUCCGGGACACCGACGCGUAUCCAACCGACGCGCAAAGCAGCCGCGACUCCUGCGAUCCCGCUGGAUUAAAAAUCCAAAACAAAAAAGCCCCCAAACAGUGACUGUAUUCUUCAGGUGAAUAAACCCUGUCAGAAACAUCGAGGCAGAGUUGGUGAAAGAGAAGAACCGAAGCGCAGUUCCUGAUUUCAGAAGCGACUGGAAGAGGGAGAAAGUUCCCCCACUUGAGGGCGAAAUCUGACUUUUUUCAGGACGACAAGUCUCCAAACGUCCCAGGAGCCCCGAGGUCUGUCAGAUACAACAUGCAGCAAUGUCCAAGGAGGCAGAGUUGGAUGUGAGAAGCAGCGAGUGCGACCCAGUCCCAGCAGAGCCCAGCAGAGACCCGGAGUCGCCCAGGCCGCCCCCUCCUCCUCCUCCUCUUCCUCCUCCGGCGGCUCAGGUUCACCAACCCACCGGCGGUGUGAGCAUCCCGUCCAGCAGCCGGACUCACCCCAGCCUCAGCAGCAGCAGCAGCGGUGGUGGUGGUGGUGUUGGUGGUCAGGGUGGUGUUAGCAUUGUUAGCAGUGCUGAGGGAGCAGGCAGCUCCAUGCAGUUCAGCACCAGACCGCCUAGCGCCGAGCAGCCGGGCUUCAUGGGGACAUGGCAGCAGCAGAGCAGUGACAGCAACCUCCUCUACAGAAUGUCCCAGCAGGGUGCAGUAACGCGGCUUCCUUUGAAGGGCGACAGGUCGACAAUGGGCCGAGACCUGGAAGAGGCCAUUCGGUGCACACUGGUGAACUGCACAUGCGAGUGUUUCCAGCCUGGAAAGAUUCACCUGCGGACAUGUGACCAGUGCAAGCACGGCUGGGUAGCUCAUGCCCUGGACAAGCUCAGCACCCAGCACCUGUACCACCCGACCCAGGUGGAGAUCGUCCAGUCCAACGUGGUGUUUGACAUCAGCAGCCUGAUGUUGUACGGCACCCAGGCGGUUCCGGUCAGGCUCAAGAUCCUGCUGGACCGCCUGUUCUCCGUGCUCAAGCAGGAGGAGGUUCUGCACAUCCUGCACGGCCUGGGCUGGACCCUCAGAGACUACGUCAGGGGCUACAUCCUGCAGGAUGCUGCAGGCAAGGUUUUGGACCGCUGGACCAUCAUGUCCCGUGAAGAAGAGAUCAUCACCCUGCAGCAGUUUCUGCGCUUUGGUGAGACCAAGUCCAUCGUGGAGCUGAUGGCUAUUCAGGAGAAAGAAGGUCAGGCGGUCACAGUUCCCUCGUCAAAGACAGACUCUGGGAUUAGGACGUUCAUCGAAAGUAAUAACAGAACCCGCAGCCCGGGGCUCUUGACACAUCUGGAGAACAGUAGCCCCUCCAGCAUUCAUCACUUUGAGAAUAUCCCCAACAGCUUAGCCUUCCUCUUACCGUUUCAGUAUAUCAACCCGGUCUCUGCCCCCAUGCUCGGCUUGCCCCCUAAUGGCCUCCCAAUGGAGCAGUCUGCCCUUCGGCUUCGGGAGCCCAGCCUCCCAAACCAAGGAGAGCAGGUGGAGACCAGCGAGUCAGAGGUGUCCCUAUCGCCCUUCCGCACAGGUCAGAGCCCGAGUCGCGGAGUACUGGGACCCAUCAACAACACUGAACCCAAGACAGAACCCAACAACUGUGCAUCGCCCAUCUCCCCAACCCCGUCCACCCAGCAAGCUCAGCAGCAGUCGUCCCUUCAGCAACCGCAGCAGGGCCAACAGCAGACCCAAAGCCAGUCUCAGCAACACAACAGUCUGGGCGACCAUCAGGUGCAUCACCACUUCGUCAAGGAUGAGCCUUCGAAGUCCAUCAGCCAUCCUUCGUUCUCCUCCAAGAUGCAUCGCAUACGCCGCAUGGGAGCCACCUCACGCAAGGGUCGCGUGUGCUGCAAUGCGUGUGGAAAGACCUUUUAUGACAAAGGCACACUUAAGAUACACUAUAAUGCCGUACACUUGAAGAUUAAACACCGCUGCACCAUCGAGGGAUGCAACAUGGUCUUCAGCUCCCUGCGCAGCCGCAACCGCCACAGUGCCAAUCCCAACCCACGGUUGCACAUGCCCAUGCUGCGCAACAACCGCGACAAGGACCUUAUCCGUGCCAAUUCCACCACAGGUACGCCUGUCAUCUCAAGCAGCAAGAACGGCGGCUUCACGCUCACCAGCCCCGGAAGGCCACCGCUGGGUUUUACGACUCCCCCAGUAGACCCGAUGCUUCAGUCCCCGCUGCAGAGUCCCCUGGUGUUCCCUUCACUGAAAUCAGUGCAGCCAGUCCAACCAGUGCCCCCGUUCUACCGAACACUCGUGUCUCCAGCAGACCUCGUCAGCCCUCCAGUGUCACUGCCAACCAGCCCCAUCAUGCCCGCUACUACCAACAGCACCACCCUGAUGGACCAGCAGCAGCAGAUCCUGGCUGCUGUUGUCUCGCACAACAAUGUUCACGUGUCAGAGGCAAGUCCAAUGUCCCACCGGCUGUCCACUGGUGGCAGUCAGGACCUCACCACAAGCAGUGACCCCACACCCAAGAAGAAACCUCGUAAAUCGAGCAUGCCAGUUAAGAUUGAGAAGGAAGUGAUUGACGUAGCAGAUGACUUUGAGGACAAAGAUGAGGACGACGACGACACUAUCCACCAUAAUCACCAGGCAAGUCUUCUUCACAACAACAUUAAAAUCAACGGUAACUGCAACAGCAACAACAAUGGCGCAAGUGGCACUGGCCACCACAGUGGCGGCAGUGGCCAGCAGUCGCCCUCCCAGGACGAGAUGAGCCCUGGCCUGGCCCUUAGGGGGAUGAUGAGGCAAAGCGAGGACGAAUGUAGGGAAGGGACUGGCAGCGACAGCAGAGGCGGCGCUUCAGAGCUGCGUUGUAUGGACAGCUUUACCUCAGAAGAUCAGGACCACGAGAGAGACUUUGAAAACGAGUCUGAAACCUCAGACUCAAAGAUGUUCUACCGUGAUGACCUGAUGGACGGAGAGGAACAUCAAAAGCACGGCAGAGGAGGAAGAGGUCUGGACAAGGAGCAUGAAAAUGAGGCCCACGAGGACGAACACUUGAGAAAAGACAUCGAGGGAAACGGUCAUUCCUCACCGUCUCCUCAUGGGCCUCCGAUCAAGAUCAAAGAAGAGCUCAAUGAUCCGACUUACGACAUGUUUUGCAUGAGUCAGUACGGCCUCUACAACGGGGGCAUGGCAGCAGCAGCCGCCGCCGCCGCUAGCAUGGCCGCUCUGCACGAGAGCUUCAUUUCCUCCAUGGGGUACGGCGCGAGUCCACCCAAAUUCCCCAUGUCUCAGUCGCCCGAAGGAGACCCGUGCUCCAGCCCUGACCCCAAGAUCUGCUACGUCUGUAAGAAGAGCUUCAAGAGCUCCUAUAGCAUGAAACUGCACUACAAGAACGUGCACCUGAAAGAGAUGCAUGUGUGCACGGUGGCUGGCUGCAAUGCUGCUUUCCCCUCCCGACGGAGCAGAGACAGGCACAGCUCGAACAUCAACCUGCACCGCAAACUGCUGACCAAAGAGCUGGACGACAUUGUCCUCGACCCUCAACUCACGCCACUGCCCAAGGACCUGCGAGCCGAGUUUCUGGCCAAGCUCUACGCCGGGCACCACAUGGGUUUGGACCCGAUGGCCAGGAUGGGCUUCCGGGGAGCCGCCCUCGGCCUCCCUGGCCUGACCCAUAACCCCCUCUCCCACAUGAGCAACGAAUACCCCCGCCAUCCCUUCAACCACGACCUUAGAAACCACCACACCAACGGCCUGUUCCGGGGCCAGCCGGACGACUACAUGGUGCUGGACCUGAGCACCACGUCCAGUGUUCAGUCCAGCAGCAGCAUCCACUCCUCACACGAGUCUGAAGACGGCAGUGACGAAGGCAUCCUCCUGGAUGACCUGGAAGAGGAUGAGGAGGAGGGCAACAGCGAGGGAGAGGACCUCUCCCGGCGGGCGGAAGGCGGACAUCAGGAUGAGACCGCAGAACUCAAAGGAGGACAAGAUGAGGGGCUGGACUCUUCCUCGUCGCCGUUCCUUCUUUCGUCCACAGGGGGCAGUAAUGGCAGCAGCGGUGGGAUCCUCUGUAACAUCUGCCACAAGGUAUACAGCAACAAAGGGACCCUGCGUGUGCACUACAAGACUGUGCACCUUCGCGAGAUGCACAAGUGCAAAAUCCCCGGCUGCAACAUGGUGUUUAGCUCCGUGCGCAGCCGCAACCGACACUCUCAGAACCCGAACCUCCAUAAAAACAUGCCCUUCUCUACGAUUCUAGACUAAACGACGUCCCUCCUGUCUCCUCUGCUCCUUCAUUCCUCCUCCAUCAAAUACAAGCCGUAAGUCCCGUCCUUUGUAAGUCACUGCAAGACAUUACUCUCUCCAUGUAUAAAAUGAUUGACUCUAGAUGAAGUUUAUCAUUGUGUCCUUUGACUUUUCCUCCUUUGGAAGAACAGGAUGACGCCAAUCGGCACCUGGAGCUUUAUAGCAAAGCUCCAGGUGAUUUUACUCAUUAGCCCCACCAUUUUUUUUGUUUCAAUCUUCUACUCUGUGUUUACGUCCACGUCCAAAGAAUCUGUUCAAACUCUUUAUUUGUGACUUUGCCUGCGGAAACAGUAGUACUGAGAAAAAAAGAGAAAAACUUCUUGUUGUAUUUGUGUAUCGAUAACUUUUAAAUGGACCCCUUACAAAGCAUGACAGCUCCAUUUGUAAAUAACGUCCCAAGAGGCUUUUUUGGUGUAAGAGUUGUGUUGAUGGUUGUUUGCUUCCUUUUCCUCUCUUUUUAUUGGAUUUAUGUUACAGUACAGUACAAUACUUCCAUCUAUAGGCAAGAAAGAGGUAGCAUCCUUAAAGUUUGACUCAUUUACGUUGGUUUGAAUCUGAUUAAUGGGGGAAAAAACCAAGAUCAUGUGAAUUGUUUUAACUACUCGUUAGAUAUUCAGAGGUUGCCAGCAUGCUUCUUUUAGGCUCUUACACUGAUAUCAUUCUCUGUAUUUUCUGUUUUUUAAUUUCUUUUCUGUUUUUGCACUUUGCAUCUAUACAAGAGGGAAUGUGUAAUAAUUAAUGAGGAUUUCUGCAAUGAAUUAAAGGGGGGGUCCACGGUGGUUUCGUUGCUGAUCGAAGCAAUAGUACCUUCAAAUGCUUUCUUUCUGCAUGCGCUCAGUUUCGAAGCCUCUGAAAAAACCCUGAAAUGUUUCCCAACUCCUUUAUGACGUAGUCAAAGUAAACCCAGACUAAGGCC